GCUGCACCCACGGGGGAACCUGCGGGGGCUGAGGGCGCUGCACCCCCGGGGGAUCUGCGGGGGCUGAGGGCGCUGCACCCCCGGGAUGUGCGCGGGCUCGUUGCUGCGGCAGGAGGAGCGCGGGCAGCGGGACCGGCAGCGGUACCGGCGCUGCCUGGAGCGGGAGUUCCGCCGGGGCCGCGCCGGGCCCUGCCCCGAUCCGUCCCUCGGGGAGCGGCUGCGGCGGGAACCGGCGGCGCUGGCGGCCCUGCAGGAAGACGCCCCGCUUCUGCUAGCCCGAGGGCUACGGGACCGCCCGGACCCGGCGCUGGGGCUGCGGGAGCUGGCCGCUGCCUUCCGGCUGCUGGAGCUGGCGGCCGUCAACCUCUACCUCUUCCCCUGGCGCAAGGAGUUCGGCACCGUCCCGACCUUCACCGGCGCCUACGUGCACUCGCUGCGGCCGGCGCUCCCCGAAGCCGACUUGCUGCGGAGUUUCGGCCGCUUGGGCUACGAACGGCGCGACCGGCACCUCCUGGUCCUUUCCCGGCCUCCCCCCGGCCCCGAGCUGCUCGCCGCCGCCUGCGGUUUUUACGCCUGUCGCUUGGAGUGCGAGAUCCUGGGGGAGGUGGUGCUGCGGCUGCGCCCGCGCCGGCUGCGCCCCGACGAGCUGCUGGAAGCUCGCCGGCUCGCCGGGGACGUGGAGGCUUGCGUGGAGAUGUUGAGGCGGUCGGCGGGUGCCGGCGCGGAUCUCUACCGGGAGACGCCAACCAUGCCGGAGGAAAACAGCGGAGAGGACGCAGCUCCCCCGGCUGAGCCCGCGAGGGGCUGGGAACGCCGCGGCGACGGCGAGCGGCAGCCGGUGGGCAACCCCGACCCGGACCCCUCGUGCCCGGAGCAGGAGCUCGGCGCGGCCGGCAGCCCGCUCCCCGCCCUGGGGAGCGGGAACCCCCAAGCGCCGGGGGAACCCCCAGAAGCUCCGGAGCUGCCUUGCUACCAGCUGCACUCCUGCCUGCGCCGGGGCGCGCUGCCCUCCUACUGCUGCACCACCUGCCAGCAGCUCCACGCCGACGCCUGCGCGGCCGGGCAGGCCUGCCGCACCCACCACCGCGGGCAGGAGCUGCGCAGCGAGAGGCAGCAGCGGCUCUGGCUGCAGCGGACGGAGGUGGACAUGCUGCUGGCCGACAGCUCCAGUCUCUGGUCCUAAAAAGGGCUUUGGGGGGGGACACACACACCCCCCAGGCGCUCCCGCUCGGUCCCGCUGCUGUAACCGGCUCAGUAAAGCGCGGCUGCCUCGCA